UUUGUAAAAUGGAUAAAUUGAAAUUUUAAUGAAAUAUUUUAAGAAUAGAAUAGAGAAACUGAUUUGACUAAACAGCCAAAUUAAGAAGUGUGAUUUUGUUUCCUAAACUAGAGAAAUGUGUUGACCAUAAGUGACGAGAAGGGUACGACUGUCUUUUCCAUCUUGAUCACUUCACCGUUGCAUGCUCUUGUCUUUUCAUCCUUACGAUGAAUCACGUCGUUUGCCAGUGAGUAAAAUAUACAUACUUUUAUUCCAAUAAUACCCUUCUCAUGCUUGUAUAAUUACAAUAUUACCCCUUUCUCCUUCCUUUUUCUUUACUAAAAACCAGACCAUUUUUCCACUACACAAUAUUACACUGACUCAACUCUCUCUCUCUUUCCUCAGUUGCAGAGCAACAAUGGCGGAAAGAACCCUUUACUUCCUGUUCUUAGUUUGUUCCUUGAUCUCACUUCUUCAUGGCACUUAUUCGAACUCAGAUUUAGAAGCUUUAAUGGCGUUCAAAGCGAGCUCAGACGUAUCGAACAAUCUCUCCGAUUGGAACUCUACCUCCAUCGACCCAUGUAGCUUCUCCGGCGUCUCUUGCAUAAACCACCGAGUUUCCAGACUCGUCCUAGAGAACCUCGAUCUCCGUAACUCGUUCGAGUCACUCACCGCAUUGACUCAGCUCCGAGUCAUGAGCCUCAAACGAAACCGUCUCUCUGGUCCGAUUCCCGAUCUCUCAAACUUCACAGCUCUCAAACUCCUUUUCCUCUCCCACAACGACUUCUCCGGCCACUUUCCGGCCUCUGCAACUUCUCUCGCUCGACUCUACCGUCUUGAUCUCUCCCACAACAACUUAUCCGGCGAGAUACCAACCACAAUCAACCGUUUGACUCAUCUGUUGACUCUUCGCUUAGAAGAGAAUCGAUUCUCCGGUUCCAUCUCCAGCUUAGUCCUUCCAAAUCUCCAAGACUUAAACAUCACCGGAAACAGUUUCGCCGGCGAAAUCCCCAAAUCAUUCUCAACUUUCCCCAAAUCCGCUUUUACUCAAAACCCUAACCUCUGUGGAUCUCCAAUGGAGAAUUGCAAGAAAGCCUUAACUAAUCCGACCAAACCAGGCUCAACCGGAGCCACCGCAUCGUCAGUAAUACCUUCCGGUAAUCAAACGGUGGUUUCAUCAUCGCCGAGUUCUCUCCCGAUUAUUAACUCAAAUCCCAAUAACUCGGCAAACACUCACCCAAACAAAACAGCUAAAAUAACCCCACUAGCAUUAAUCGCCAUAAUACUCGGCGAUAUUUUAGUACUAAUCGUCAUAUCACUAUUCCUCUACUGUUACUUUUGGCGUAAUUACUCGGCUAAAAUGAGACAAGGAACAACAACAAAGGGUUCUAACCAAAAACUAAUAGACAGCGAAAAAAUCGUCUACUCUUCAAGCCCAUACCCGGCCCAACCCGGGUUCGAAAGGGGUCAAAUGGUGUUCUUCGAAGGUGUCAAGCGAUUCGAGCUCGAAGAUUUGCUUAGAGCCUCGGCGGAAAUGUUGGGAAAAGGCGGUUUCGGGACGGCUUACAAGGCGGUUCUCGACGAUGGCAAUGUGGUGGCUGUGAAGAGACUUAAGGAUGCUCAAAUUGGUGGGAAGAGAGAGUUUGAACAACACAUGGAAGUUCUUGGGAGACUUAGGCAUUCCAAUGUGGUUUGUUUGAGGGCUUAUUAUUUUGCUAGUGAAGAGAAGUUGUUGGUGUAUGAUUACAUGCCUAAUGGGAGCUUGUUUUGGUUGUUACACGGUAACAGAGGCCCAGGAAGAACUCCAUUAGACUGGACCACAAGGCUAAAAAUCGCCGCCGGAGCAGCAAGAGGAUUAGCUUUCAUCCACAGUUCCUGCAAAUCUCUCCGGCUCAUCCACGGCAAUAUCAAAUCAACAAACAUCUUAAUAGACAAAUCGGGUAAUGCCCAAGUCUCAGAUUUCGGAUUGUCCCUAUUCGGAGCCCCCCAACCUUCCAAAUCCAACGGUUACCGUGCGCCGGAAUCAAACGACGGUCGAAAACUCACGCAGAAAUCCGACGUGUUCUCUUUUGGGGUUCUUUUAUUAGAGCUUCUGACCGGUAAGUGUCCUUCGGCGGUGGAUGGAGGUGGACCCGGGUGCGGGUACGGUGGGGUUGUGGAUCUUCCGAGAUGGGUUCAAUCGGUGGUGAGAGAGGAGUGGACGGCGGAGGUUUUUGAUUUGGAGCUAAUGAGGUAUAAAGAUAUUGAAGAAGAGAUGGUGGGGUUGUUACAAGUGGCGAUGACGUGUACAACGUCUAAUCCUGAUCAACGGCCCAGGAUGAGCCAAGUGGUUAAGAUGAUUGAUGAGAUUCGUGGUGCUGAGGUGUCACCGAGUCAUGAUGUUGUUGACUCGGUUUCUGAGUCGCCUUCUGUGUCUGAAGGCACGUGUGGAGCGAGUCAGUGAACGAGUCGAGUAGGAAAUAGGGAAAAAAAGAAAGACACCAUUUUGUGUAAAUCACGGUUUUUUUUUUUAAUUAGUUAUUUUAUUUAUUUUUAGUCUUUGUUUACAUUUUUAUUUGUAGUUUGUUUUAUAACCUCAAAAGUCAAGUCAAGCCUAAUUAAAUCAAUCGACUAAGGAAUUAUUAUAUAUAUACCUACAAAUUUGGCUGUUUUGCAUGU